UCCCUCUAUUUCUCCUUUCUCUCUCCAUACUCUUCUCCUUUUUUAAUUUUUUCUCUUUUGCUUUGCCAACUUAAACUCAUAUCCAUGGCAAUACCAGUCUUAAAGCUAGUAUUGUUGUUCCUCCCAUUGCUAAUAAACGUCUUCUCGUUUGUUCAAGGCCAAACCUGGUGUGUGGCUCGAAGUGAUGCCAGUAGCCAAGCUCUACAAAAUGCACUAGACUAUGCAUGUGCCUCUGGUGCUGACUGCACCCCUAUACAAUCUAAUGGCCUUUGUUUCCUUCCAAAUACAAUCCAAGCUCAUGCUUCCUACGCUUACAAUAGCUACUAUCAACGUAGGGCAAAGGCACCUGGUUCUUGUGACUUUGCUGGCACAGCCACUGUUGCUAAAACUGAUCCCAGUUAUGGAUCUUGUAUGUACCCAUCUCCUCAAAGCACAUCCGGAGGGACAGCUAUGCCAAAAACAGGGUCGUGGAACAAUCCGAAUGUGCCAACUACGACAACCACACCGAUCAAUGGCGGAGGUGGCGGUCCGGGGCUCAAUUACCCUGGAUUCAGCCCUCCAUUUCUCUCUAGAGCUUCAUUUGAUAGUACAGUCAACACAAGCUCAAUGUCUAUCCUGCUCUUACUUGUUCUGUCAUUUAUUUUGCAUCCAAUAUGGAACUUUUUAAACCUUGAUGCAUGACCCCAGUGAUAGGAAGAGGCGUUUUUGUUAGAAGUUGAAGCCCUAUUUCUCAGCUAUUUAUGGAAGGAUGCUGGUGGUAUCGAUCAUUUAGUUGUCUACUUUAUGAAGACAUUGUUGGUUAAUCUAGAGAUCACAUUUAAUUAGCUUAAUGAGGAGCUUAAGCUAAUGUCACGGCCGCACGAUAAUGGAGCUAAAGUCUUCUUUACCAGCAAUAGAAAUCUCUCUAUUAGAAUACAGCUAUCUUUGCUCUCUCACAAAUUCAUUUCAAUAUUUAUGUUACUUGGAGUACUGAGAAUAAUGGUAUCUAAGCAAGCAUAUAUUAUUUUCAAAUUAUGUCUUGUAAUUACGUUAUCAAAACAAAUUAAUUAUUUAUUAUUAACAAA